AAUAAUCGUAUUGUUGAAUGGAAAUGUAAUGCAAAGAAAGGACAAAUCAUUGCAGGUGGAAAUGGCAGAGGAAAUCGUAUGGAUCAAUUGAAUCGACCAACAGAUGUAAUUGUUGAUCAACAAAAUCAUGCAGUCAUUAUUGCUGAUCAAGGGAACAGCAGAGUUAUUCAAUGGUUGAAUCAAAAUCAACAAGUUCUCACUGAAAACAUUCAUUGUUCUUGCUUAGCAAUGGAUAAACAUGGAUUUCUUUAUGUUUCUGAUACUGAGAAGAAUGAAGUGAAACGAUGGAAAAUGGGAGAAUAUAACAAUGAAGGAAUUGUAGUGGCAGGUGGAAAUGGAAAAGGUGAUCAACUCAAUCAACUAAAUACUCCUAGUUUUAUUUUUGUUGAUGAAGAUCAGUCUGUUUAUGUAUCAGAUAGACAUAAUAAUCGUGUGAUGAAAUGGAGAAAAGAUGCAAAAGAAGGAACAGUUGUGGCUGGAGGAAAUGGUCGAGGAGAAAACCUCAAGCAAUUCUUUUGUCCUCAAGGGGUAAUUGUUGAUGAUUUGGGUCAGAUCUAUGUGGCAGAUUGGGGGAAUCAUCGAGUAAUGCGUUGGUGUGAAGGAGAAGAAGAAGGUGAAAUUGUUGUUGGUGGGAAUGGUAAAGGAAAUCAAUCAAAUCAAUUGAAUUAUCCCCGUGGUUUAUAUUUUAAUGAUGAAGGAAAUCUUUACGUUGCUGAUUGUGACAAUUAUCAAAUAAAAAAAAUUGAAAUAAUUAUAUGA